ACUUGUUUACACAAGCAUUUCUAGACAGUCUCUGGCUUCACCAUCAGGACAAGGAGACGCACAACCUAAAAAAGUUAUACAAACAGGAAGAUGACUUGCAAAACCAGAAGACCUACACCCUGAGGAGGAGGAGGAGAAGGAGGAGGCAAACUUAAACUACAAGGAGAAGAGAUCAUCAAACUAUCAGGAGUGCAUCCCUCCCAAUCUCACAGAUUCCCUCCUGUCGCAGCUCUCCCCAAAUGACGUCACCACAUCUUUAACAUGGUCCACCUCGGCACUCACUGUCAGGCCUCUGUCUGACAAGUGCCCUGGUACCAAGUCUGUCCAGGUAUUUAAAGCUUAUCUAUGGCAAAAAAAAGGAAACGUGCUGGUGAAGCUCUCCGUGGCGGUUGCCCUCCUCGUGGUGGUGGACGCGGUCCUCGUGGCGGUGGACGCGGUCCUCGUGGUGGUGGACGCGGUCCUCGUGGCGGUGGUCCCCCGCGUGACGGCUAUGGUUUCCCUGGCCGUGGCAGCGGUCCUCACUUCCCGCCACACCAUGGAGGAGGCUGGGUGGAGCAUGACUGUUGGAUGGGGCCACAAAGCGAUGGACACGAGCAGAACUUUUCACACGGACCCCUGGGCGACUAUGGAAUGCAGCGGGAGUUCUACCCUGAUUCCAGACAAAUGCUUCAUGGGCCCGACCCACAGUUCUACAAGGAUGACUUUUCGCACUUGGACAAUCGUGGCUCUCGUCGGAGCAGGCCGUUUCGCCCGGCCAGAGCAAGGGGCCGCCGAGCUGCUCCACGGGGUCACCCUGUUGAGACUGUGGGCCACUCAUGUAGGGCGGAGGAUGGUAGCAUGCCUGCGGAGCAAAUGGUUGCCAGUGUUGAUUCGGAUGACCGUACCGUUACCACUGCCACCAUCCGUGCAUCUGUCGAAGGGGAUGGUAGUGAACAGCACAAGGUGGUUGAGAAAGAUGGAUCUCCGUCUGCCGAUGUGGUGACUUGCUGUCAGGUGGGAGACCCUGUAGGUGCUGCUGCUGCUGCUGAUCAUUCCUCAUCGUCUGCUCAUUUGGAGCCCCCGUGUGCACCCACAUCUGUCCCCGUCGCAGAGGCCGCCUCCUCAAACACGCAGGCCAAGGGACCGGACUCACUGCUAGCCAAGACCACAGCUGCCAAGAAGCUUCCGCCAGGGCAUUUUGCAGGAGUCAUUGCCUUCGUUGGGGAGACAAAGGGGAUCAUCCAGCGGGAUGACCUGAAGAGUUUUCCCUUCAACUUCAAAUCCUUCUAUGGCCGCCGCAAGUUCCUCAUCCCUGGUGUCAAGGUGCACUUCACCGUCUUCAAGCAGAAAAAGGAUGAGGUUGCCACAGAUGUGAAGGUGGCUCCUGGAAGAACAUGGCAGGUGGACCCCGACUUCCUGCAUGGAGUCAUCAUCAAGACACGUCCUAAUUCCUCAAAGGGAUUCCAUAGCUUGAUCACUUCUGACCUGUCAGGGCCGUUCCGCCGACUACUGUUUGACAAUAGGGAUUUCACCGGUACACUGUUCAAGCAUGACCGUGUGGAGUUCCAGCUAGUCACAGACCCGCUCACCAGGAAAAAGAAGGCCACCAAUGUCAGAGCCGUGGUGCCACUCACCUUCCAGUUCACCAAGGAGAAAAGGCAGAAGGGAAUGGUCAUGGACAUCCAUUACAAAGUGCUGACGAUCAUGUCCGAGAGCUACAACAGUAUCAAGGCCGACUCCCACGAGAACCUGAGUGGGGAUGAGUUGAAGGUCAUGGACGAGGUGGAGUUCACCUCUAUAGAGAAGGGAGCUGUUCGGCUAAUGAAGCUUCCCCAGGGCUCCGUCACCUUCAGCCAUUGUGACCAGCCCAAGGUCGGACAAGCCGCCAGCAAGGUCAAGGAGGUUGCCCCCAAGGACAGGCCAGUGCAAGCGGGAUCGAAGCCUUCAACUGCUCAGCCAAUGCAAAAGCCUACGGCUACGCCAGCACAAAAGGCUGCAACUGCCCCAGCGCAAAAGUCUACGGCCACACCAGUGCAAAACCCUCCUACUGCCCCGGUGCAAAAGCCUACGGCCACACCAGCGCAAAACCCUCCUACUGCCCCGGUGCAAAAGCCUACGGCCACGCCAGCGCAAAACCCUACAGCCAAUCAACCACCGCAAAAGACUGCAUACGCCCCAGCGCAAAAGAAUGCAGCUGCCGCAGCCCAGAAGCCUCCGCCCACUCCAGCGCAGAGGUCUUCAGCCACCCCAGCACAAAAGGCUGCUGUCACACCAGCAGAGAAGCUUACGACUACCCAAAUGCAGAGGCCUCUGGCCGCCCCUGCCUCAAAGACUGUAACCGCCCCAGCACAAAAACCACCAGCCACACCAGCUCAGAAGGCUGCUGUCGCCACAGCCCAGAAGACUCUGGCCACACCAGCACAAAAGUCUUCAGCUGUCACCACAGUAAAGUCGGAACGAAAGACACCGGAAGAUACUGCAGUCAGUAUGGACACCUUGGAGCCUGUCAAGUUUCCAGUACCUGUGAAAGAAGAGUCUACCGCUGAUGACUGCAGCAGGAGUCAGAGUCCGAGCCAUAGCCAGAGUCGCAGUAGAAGCCGCAGUCUGAGCAGAAGCCGAAGCCCGAGUCGAAACAUUGGUGGUACAACUAAACAGAGCUGCAGUCGGCACACUCCACAAAGUGAAUUGCACCAAGGAAGCAGUGAGAGGAAAAGUGGAUAUGACGGAGGAAGCAGUGAGGCCACCAGCAGCAGGAAACGCCAUAGCAACGAAAGUGUGAGCAGUGUCACUGCAGAGAUGGCUAGUAAGAGAGCCAAGACCGUGAGCAGUCCCACAGCAAAGAUGUCCACCAGGAGAGAUAGGACCAGCCUGUCAAGUCCCACGGCAAAGUUAUCCACUGAGAGAGCGAAGACCCUGUCUGGCCAAAGUUCAUCUGCCCCAGAGGUGACCAAUGAGGAUGAGGAUGAGGAUCUGGCCAGGAAAGAAAUGGAGCUGAAAGAGUUAACUGAGUCACUUAAUAAGUUAAAAGCCAUGCUGGCCAUGUGUACCCCACCGACCUCCCCUGGCACUAACGAUAUAAAUGACACAGAUAUUACCCCUCAACCUUUACUUGGUAACGUGGAGAACGAUGUUGAGCUCUCACCCAGUCAGACUCCUGUUUUGGUGGAUAAUAACAGCUCUAUCCCCCCGCCCAGAGUAGAUGACAAAGAUGUAGGUACUCAGAAGGCUGGUGCUGAUGAUUUGGGUAGUGGCAACUUGGACACUGGUGUCUGUCUGGAGCAGCAGCUGCACAGGGAGGCUGAGGUGACUGAGGAGAGUGCUAUCCUGACUGAUGACUGUCAGCAGGCAGGCAGUGAGCAGAACACAUGUCCAGAACUGCAGCCCUUUCUGAAGAAAGCCACAGGGGUCAAGAGCUGUAUGACCCAUUUCAGGUUGAUGAGGAAGAUGAGAACAAGUUGA